ACACAAAAGGUUACCAACGAAAGAUCAUCCACGUUUCAAACAAAAGAUUCCACCAAUCGGUGUCGUCGAAAUGUCCUCACGGUUCUUAACACAAACACACUCACAAAAACGGGGUCAAGUAAUUCGCAGAUGGAAUUGAAGUCAAAGAUGACCUUGAAUAACCUAAGGUUAGAUGGAUAUGGAAGCCUGGCCGGACAAAGCACCAAAGGUGAAAACAAUGGGUCGAGAGUUCGGCUGUGGGUACAAGAACAGCCUGAGGUUCCCAUCCAGCUGUCCGUGUCUCUUCAACCUCCAGCCUGCAAGAGCUAGCACCGGUCCCUCCAAAUAGGCGAAAAUGAGUGCACGGAACCAUUCACCUCGACAUCGUUGCGACGUACCGCGAUGUGGCUACGCGACCGACCGGAGCAACAACCUGGCUCGGCAUAAGAAGAUUCACGAGCGUCUCAGGUCGGCCAUCGUGUGCUGCCAACACGCCUUCUGGACGCAGUUCGACGCGAGGAGCCACAGGAAGCAGGUACACUCCGAGGCGGACUACUACUGCCAGUUCUGCGAGCGUCCCUUCAGCCGACCGGGUGCCCUGACAAGACACCUGACCAUUCACACUGGUGAGAGGAAAUUUGUCUGCAGCGUGGCGGGCUGCCGGUACACCUCGAACUCCAAGAGCAACGCCAAGAGGCACGAGCGUGCCAUUCACGGGAUUACCAACGUGCGAGUGCAGAGCAUAGCCAAGGGACGCCCAGUACAGCAAGGAGGGCAAUGCGGUUUCGAUGAGGAACACAGCCCGGGAACUGUCGGAGCAGCUUUCAGCGGAUCGCCGCUUCGCCGUCGGCAUUCCACCGUUCCGAAGGAAGACUUGUCGAAGAACGGUGGACCGUCCGGCUGCAACUCCGGUAAUGAUCGCUUGUCACCAUUAGUAUCGGAGAGAGAUGCAAAAACUUUCGAGUGCGCCCAUACUUUGCUGUAUAUGUCCACGUUCGUUAGUAUCCAGAGAGCCUGA